AUGAGGACCAGGUCAGGACUGGACCAUUCUCUCAGCGCAGGACCUUGGAAACACCAGACGCCGAUGGCUUCGUCCCAGGUUCGGCUGAGGAUCCUCCCCAGUGUCCGCUGCUUAUUCGACAAACCAGUGCAGGUGAAGGUGGAGGGUCUCUCUCCUCACGCACCCGUCGUCCUCCGCUCCAAAGUACUGGACGACAGAGGUGUAGUGUUCAGAGCCGAGGCCCAGUACCAAGCAGACCAUGGGGGACAUGUGGACGCGUCUCGGGAUCCCUCUCUGGGAGGUAGCUACACAGGAGUGGAGCCAAUGGGACUGUUCUGGUCCAUGUUACCAGAGACGCCUCACAACAAGCUGCUGAAGAAGAGUGCCCUGACCCCAAUGCAGGUGCAGAUCUCAGCGCUGAGCGGGGAGACCGUGCUGGCCACCGAGGUCAACCAGCGAGAGUUCAUGCCCGAGGGAAUGAGGAGGAUCCCAGUGAGGGAGGGGCGACUGAGGGGAGUGCUGUUUGUCCCACCUGGACCAGGCCCUUUCCCGGGGAUCGUGGACUUGUACACUUUCGGGGGAGGACUGAGUGAACCCAGGGCCAGUCUGUUGGCCUGUAAAGGAUUUGUUGUUCUGGCUCUGGCCUAUAAAGGCUACGAGGAUUUACCCAAGAAUCCUGAGUACUUGGACUUGGAGUACUUUGAAGAGGGCGUGACGUAUCUGCGCAGUCAGCCUCAGGUCGCUGGCUCUGGUGUCGGGGUCAUCUCCAUCUCUCACAGCGGCGGCCUGGCCCUCUCCAUGGCGUCCUUCCUCGACCACAUCGCCGCCACCGUCUGCGUCAACGGCUGCAACGCCAACACGGUGAUCCCCCUGCGCUACAGAGACCUGGUCCUUCCUCCGCUUCAACCUGUCCUGGAGAACGUCAGCGUCCUCCCCGAUUCCGGCCUCUUGAACGGCCGCCACGCUAUGCCCGAUCCCUUGCUCCACCCCUCCUCCCUCAUCCCCAUCCAACGAGCCACCUCCCACUUCCUGUUAGCGGCCUCAGAGGACGACCAUAACUGGGAAAGUGCCCUCUACGCCAGACAAGCGGCGGCCAUUUUGAAAAGCCACGGCAAAGACACGUGUUCUCUGGCGGUUUAUUCCAAAUCGGGACACUUCCUGGAGGCGCCGCACAUGCCCUUCUGUCCGUCCGCAGUGCACGCCGUGGUGGGGAGAGCGGUGGCGUUCGGAGGAGAAGCGAGAGCACACGCACAGGACCAGCUGCAUCUGUGGGAGCGAGUCCAGAGAUUCUUCAAAAGGCACUUGGGAGAUCUCUCUCUAUGA